CACCAUGCCGUUCGUAACGUUAUCGCUGCCGCCGUUAGAGUGCCUGUUUACCGUACACGAAUUAUAUUUAAACUUUUGGCUACAUUAACGCCGGUACACACACAAAUAUUGUGGUUUAUUGUCAUUCCGGGCAAAGUGCUUGUGGAUUUGUUGUGCUUCAAGAAAUCAUUCGACACGGCAUCGGAUAAGGAUAACAUGAUAAUAUAAUUAUUAAUUCUCAGUAAACUAUUCCGUCCGAGAUGCCACCGUCUAGGGAUUCGAUGGCUUACACCAAAGGCCUGCUAAACGGACCCGGUCAAAACAACUGUUUCCUCAACAGCGCCGUACAGGUACUAUGGCACUUGGACAUAUUCAGGCGGAGCUUCAGAGAGCUGUACGGCCACGCCUGUAUGGAAGAAUCGUGCAUCUUCUGCGCGUUGAAGGAACUAUUUACGGCGUUAGGUUCCAGUUCUGAAACUGCGCUCCCUCCAGAUGCCUUGAGAAAAGCUCUUGCUCAGUCGUUUUACGACCAAAGAAGAUUUCAAUUGGGCUUUAUGGACGAUGCGGCGGAAUGUUUUGAAAAUAUUUUACUGCGUAUACACUACCAUAUUGCCAACGAAGAAGCUGAAGAUAUGUGUAACGCGGGACACUGUAUAUCACAUCAAAAGUUUGCCAUGACACUAGUCGAACAAAGUGUUUGCGGUGCUUGUGGAGCUACGUCUGAGCCUUUACCAUUCACUCAGAUGGUGCAUUAUGUGUCUGCGUCCGCAUUAACUGCUCAAGUAAAACAAUUUCCAUCAACAGGCCAAGCUGACUUGUUUGGGCAACUUUUGAAGAAAGCUGGCGGAAUGGGUGAUAUAAGAGACUGUCCAAGUGCAUGUGGAGCUAAAAUUCAAAUUCGAAGAACACUUAUGAACAGACCCGAAAUAGUAUCUGUGGGUAUAGUUUGGGACUCAGACAGACCAACUCUAGAUCACAUUAUGGCUCUAUUGAGUACUUUGCGUACGUCGUUGCGCUUAUGUGAUGUAUUCCAUGGUUCUUUUGAUUUGCCUGAUGGAGGUUUACCAUUGCAACAUCAACUUGUCGGAGUAGUAACAUAUUACGGGAAACAUUAUUCCACGUUCUUUUAUCAUACAAAACUGAAGCUUUGGAUAUACUUUGAUGAUGCUAACGUACGAGAAAUCGGGCCUAGAUGGGAACAGGUGGUUGAAAAAUGUAAACGAGGAAGAUAUCAGCCUCUUCUACUACUAUUCGCUUCCCCGGAAGGUGUACCAAUUGAUGCGACAACUGCUCCCAAAACCAUUACUAAAGCAACAAAAUUAUCUUUUUGCACGAAUGCAGCUCAAGGGUUAACACAAGGUCGUAGAUCUCUUACGCCUAGCCCAGAAAAAACACUUGCAAACCAAAGCCAUCGAAGAGCUUUAACUCCAAAUCCUGAUCCAUCAAUCGCCAUAACUAAAGCAGGGUUGAAUUCGUCAGGAAACGAAUAUCAAAACUUAGCUCAUUAUCAAGCUGUAAUUAUGGCUAAAGCUUCUGAAAUAUAUAAUGCGGAUGAUUUGAGUGAUCAACCAGGUUCACCGAGAUCAGUUGCAUCCAAGUGUGAAUUGGUCAGAAGAGAUUCUGGAAAUUGGAGUGGUGACAGAAACAGCGCAUCUUCUUCGUCUUCUACCUCAUUAGAAAAUCCAUACCAAUAUUUCGUUGGGAAAAUUCAAAAUAGAACUGGAAGUACAUAUGGUGGAGCUCCUCGCAGUCCUAAUAAGCCAAAAGAUUAUACGACAAAUAACCAAUUUGAUUUGGGUUACGAUUCUUAUUCUUUAUCUUCGAAUGAUAGUUUGCCUUUACAACAAAAUCUUAAGCACAACCUUCAGCUUGCUCAAAUACCAGAAGGACAUCAAACUACUCACACGACUCUUAAAAAUGGAUCAAAACAUUCUACAGUAGAUGAAGUUGAAAGACUUUGUGCCGAAGCCGAUCAGUUACUUGGGAAAUCUGAAGCGGCUGAUGAUUUAGUUAUGGCAUUGUCCUUAUGUAACGCUGCUGCCGGAAAAGCUCGAGCAGCUAUGGAUGCACCAUAUAGUAAUCCUCAAGUGGCUAGUUUUGCAAGAAUGAAGCAUAAUACGUGUGUAAUGCGAGCCCGUAGUUUACACAAACGACUUGAAGAACCACUUCACUCUACAAAUAAACAUGGCGAAGGACGACAUAGUCGGGAAGGCAGUAAUUGUAGUAAUAGGGGUUCUCAAGGAUCACAUAGCCGACAAAAUUCUAAGGAUAAAACGGUACAACAUAGCAGACAGAACAGUAAAGAAUUGCUUUCAAUACCACAGCAGUUACCAUCUUUACAAACUUCGCCUGUAGACAAAUCUGUUAAAAAUAUUGAGAUUUAUGCGACAUUGCCAAAAAAUAAAAAAGGAUUGUUGUCGCGGUCUUCGAACAAGACGAAGCAAGUUGUUGAAGAUGAAGAAUAUUUAAUGUACGAACGACCUGGUAGAAGUUUACAAGCUAAAAGCAAAGCACAUAAAAAGGAAGGUGAAAAGAGGGCAAGGAGUGAAGAACGUGGGACUAAGAAUACUAAAGAAUUCGUAUCGAGUUCAUUAACGAAGGAAACCAAAAAACCAAAAACUGAAGAGAAUAAACAAGGAAAAAAACAACAUAAAAUUCGCAGAAAACUUUUAAUGGGAGGUUUGAUUCGAAGAAAAAAUAGAAGUAUGCCAGAUUUGCGCGAAGACGAAUUACAGUUAAAAGAUACGCCCGUGGUUAAGGAAAAAAUUAUCUCUAAAGACGAUUCUAUGGUAGAUUCUGUUACCAGUCAUAAUAAUCUUAGUGGUUAUUUGUCGGAAGGGCAUUUAGAAAGUGCAGGAAAUCCCAAUUUAUUAAGGAGCAAACUAAUGAGAAAGAGCUUCUACACAAAUAAAUUUUUACAUUUCGCUAAAGUACCACCUCCUCCGCCAAUGCGAACUUCUUCUCAGUUGAGUAAAGCAGAAUCAAACAAGCAACAAAACGAAUGGUGUUCUGAACCUCAGUCUCUGCCAUAUAUUCACCCACGCAAAGAAGAGGUUACCUAUGCUAACGGAGGGAUACUACUUGAUAGAGAUAAUAAGAAUGUUAUGGUAACGCAAGCUCAAGUACACCAUAACUCUGAACACAAUAUUGUUGUAAACAAUGUCGAUGACCUUGGGUUCCCAUUACCGCCUUAUCCGAGUCCAUUAAAUUCCGUCAAUCAUUCGAGACAACCUAGCGAAGAAUUCCCGCCUCCACCAUUACCACCACCUCCGGCAGUCGAUGAAGUAGACGGAUUUUGUCCUAGCAUGUCCUUGGAGGAAGUUAAGUCGGAAAUCAAUAACGAAGAAAGUUGGGUCCCAGAAUUGCAUUCCAAGCAAACGACGUGGAAUCGUGACGAACAGCUAAAUCCAGAUUUGGAUUGUAAAUCGUCUGUACAGAAUUUAAAGAGCAGAUUCGAACAAAGAGGAGUGAUCGAUAACUUAAUCACCCACGCUAUCAACAAUUUACCAGCCGAUAGUGUUUGUGAAGUCGUUCCGGACGAAGAAAAAAAAUGCGAAAAAGAACUUAAAGGAGCUUUAAGCAAAUGUCCGUUUGACAGUAACGAAUUUAAAAGAAAAUCGGGGAAAAAGAAGAAUGUUACUUUUUGCGAACAAGUUGUUUUAGUUGCUACAGCCGAAGAAGACGAGGUAGACAGUUACAUACCCAAUCCUAUUUUAGAAAGAGUGCUGAGAUCGGUUCUUCAUAAAGACGCGCCUGUUGAGCCAAACCGGGAAGUAACCAAAUCUGUUAUUCCGUUGAAGCGAAACGAUUCGGGUCAAUUCAAUCGUAGUAAAUUGUCCUUAAAACCUUUCGAAAAAAACGCUGAAGAGAAGCAUAAUGCAGAAGUUAGGGAAGAUUUGCCGCCAAAAUCGUAUCGCAUGUCUCCAGUACAGCAAAUUCCACAGCCGCAUUCACCCAUGGUACAGCCCAAACUAAAGGCGCCUUUGCCCGAACAAAGCCAAAAGCCGGUCGAAACCGUCGCUAAAAACUAUCGCAUGUCACCUGUUCAACAAAUCACAUCGUUAGCUCAGUCACCAAUUACACAAUCAAAAUUUAAAUCUUCUAGCCCGCAAUUAGUUAACACCAUGUCAAAUUUGUCGAUUAAUUCCGUUGACAACAUUCAGUCAGUACCUUCUUCGAUAACACAAAGAUUUUAUCCGAAUUCUCAGCAACCCAAUCAUUAUCCUCAGCAAUAUCAAAGCCUUUCACCGAUGGUACAGCAAAAACAGCCAUUUUCGAAUAAUAUAGAGCCGCAGUCUUUGAAUUAUCAACCAAUGAACGAAAAUAAACUCAACUGCUCUCCAAAUCCUAGAUCGAACCAAUCGUCUUUAGAAAGAAACCCAGCAGCCAGGCAAAUGAAUGGUUUACCGACGAAUUGCUAUCCUCAACAUUCACCGGUCGAGGGCAGGAGCGGUCAUUUUCGUUUCAACGGCGAUAGUCAAUCGCAACUAAGACUACAAGGCAAUCAAGGGUCGACUUUAUUAGAGUCGACUUCUCAAGUUAACCAAUAUCAAGGAAACCUGGGAUCUCCUAGAACGCACUAUCCGCAAAACUCGAUUAGACCCAACACGUCAAAUACAGAACCCAACAGUCAAUAUCAAAUCAACGAUAACAGGUCUUACAACCAAGGACUACCCGGUCAAAACUUGCAGUCUCAAACCCACGAGAGAUUGGGUAAUAACAGUUCAAGUCAUUCGUUGGACAGCCGGUCGUGUUAUGGGCGUCAACCCAGUCCCGUUCAAACGCAACAGACGAAUAUUCAACACCCAAAUAUAACCAACGACCAACGGCUAUCCCACAGUCAAGGAAUAACUGGCAAUCAAGUACAACAGCAACAGCAGCAGCCACAGAGCGAUAGACAGAACGCUUCUCCAAACAUGGCGAGCGCCGAAAAAACGAGGUACUUACACCAAGGAUCGUUGCCGAACAACCAGCAGUUUGAACGGUUAACUACAUCUCAAUAUACUGGCGAAAAUAACAACACCAAACCGGGUGGCUAUCUUCAACAAGGCUUAACGGCUAAUCAAGCCCAACAACUAGAAAGAAUGGCUCAGCAUUAUGACGCCAGCAAGCCAGGGGGAUACAUCCAACAAGGCCUGCCCAACGGACAGGGGCAGCAGUCUUCGCCGGCGCCCUAUGACACUGCCAGAGGCAACGGAUACCCAACUCGAUGUUCGCCUGUCCCGCCGUCGAGCAGUCAACAACCGGACAGCCGACCCGUCGGAUACCCUCGGAACAAUGUGGACAACAAAACAUCUCCUUCCGGUCUGCACGCUCCGGGCAUGUUGCAGAGACAACGAAGUAUGGUAAACGGUUUCCAUUCGAUGCCUUACGGCGGUCGAACAGAUAACGUGACCCACUUGCCUCCCGCACAUCCCAAAAAAGACUCGCCGCAGCCAAAUUUUUCAAGAUCUCAGCCCGACACCCAGAGCCUGUCGUCCGCCUCAUCGUCAUCGUCGUCCCUCGACCGCAAGCAAAUGCAUCAACAACAACAGUACACCAAUUGCAACAGGCAACAAGACGCCAACCCCGGUUUGCCGUCUAACGCCGGAAGCGGCCGUCCAACAGUAAACUCCCAACAAGCGCAACGGAAUAAUACCGUUCGUAGACCGAUGACCGUGUAUGAACCCCCUCCACAACAACUGCCGCCCUAUCAGCAUCCACCGCCCCCUGUUACUUAUCAACAGCAACAACAGUCCGGCAGGCCCAUCAAUGCGGUCGUGGGACAACCCAGGAGUACCACGCCAAACGGUAGUUCACCGGUGGCUGCUGUCGUCGGCGACAGGUACGCCGUUUACCAGCAACCGCCCUCGCCUCGGUUACAAGACAAAGCGUGCGCUUCUCCUGCCAGGCCUUCCCCUUGUAACUUAUGUCGAAAAAAGUUGGUCAACCACCCGUCCAUUUAUUGUUCCGACUGCGAUUUCUACAUGUCUAGAUUCAAACCUAAGGCUCAGUCGACCACGUGCUAACGACACGCAUACAACGGCCCAACAGCGGAUACGCUAAUGACGAGAUCUCCUGUUUUGCGUCUGUGAUAUGUACACAACGUAGAAUAAUGAUUAGUAGUAGUGAAAUUUAAUAGUUUGUAAGACAUUAUUGUAUACGUUUUUGUAAUGUAUCAUAUAUAUUUUUAUUAUAUCGAAAAUAUAUUUUUUUUAAUUUUGUGGAAUUUUAUUAUAAAUAAUACAUAAAUCUCAGUAAUAAUAUUUGUUUUUCGUGUAAAUUAUAUUUAAAUUUUUUUGAAUUUAAAAUAUUUUAUUUAUAUUAGGUAUAUUGUUAUUGUUGUGAUCUCACUUAAAUAUUAAUUAAAUUAUAAUGUGAUUAUUAUUAUUAUUAUAUUUUUUUUAAUUGUCGUAAAUAAUUGUAAAUAUAAUAAAACCUUUUUUUUUUUUUUAUAUAGAAAAAAUAUUAUUUUAGUUUUAAGAGACAUGCGCCAUGUUCGAUUUAAUUAAAUGUAUUAUUCAUUAUAU